CAUGUCUGGUCGUGGAAAGGGAGGAAAAGGUUUGGGAAAGGGAGGAGCCAAGCGUCACAGGAAGGUUCUCAGAGACAACAUCCAAGGAAUCACCAAACCUGCUAUUCGUCGUUUGGCUCGUAGAGGAGGCGUCAAGAGAAUCAGCGGUUUAAUCUAUGAAGAGACACGUGGCGUCCUUAAGAUCUUCUUGGAGAAUGUUAUCCGCGAUGCCGUUACCUACACAGAGCACGCGCGGAGGAAGACGGUGACGGCUAUGGACGUGGUUUAUGCUCUCAAGAGGCAAGGAAGAACCCUCUAUGGAUUCGGCGGCUAGGGUUUUAAAAUUGUGUUGUCUUCUAAAUUAAGCUGUUGAUUUCAGAGUUUGGUGUUAAACACAGAAAACAACAAAAGUUAAGGAUUGUAGUUGCAAUAUGGUUAAAUAAAUCAAUGUUAAAAAA